ACUCCUCACCUCACACUCCUCACACUCCUCACACUCCUCACCUCACACUCCUCACACUCCUCACACUCCUCAUCUCACACUCCUCACACUCCUCACCUCACACUCCUCACAUAGCAACGAGACGCGGAGAGAAGCACACAGGAGCAGGAUGCCUCGGGGCCGAUCUGCGCGCAGCCCGCUGUCCGACAUGAGUGACGUGGAUCUCGAUGGCCUGGCAGAAGGGGAACUGAGCAAGCUCCAGCGGCAGUGCCGCAUCAUCGAGGGUGACCGGCAAACGUACAACAUGGAGUCCCAGGAUCUUAUCCGCAGGCAGAUGUCCGAGAUCUUCAAGCUGGAGAAGGAAAAGGAGGAUCUGUUGCAGAGCGUCCGUUUAUCGGAGCGCAAAAGCAUGAGACUGCGGGACCAGGAGUGCACAGAGAACCUGCGAGCCAUGCUGGAGCUGCGCGAGGCGCUGGAGAGUGACAUCAGCCAAGAGAGACGCAGGCUGGACGAGCUCGAUGUACAGGUGAAACAAAUGGAACGGAAGAUGGAAGCGGAGAGGAGAAAGUCAGGGGGCUCCUCUGGCACACGCACACACGUGACACGGGCGCACAAGUACACGCAUGUGCUGGAAAAUCGACUCGACACGGCGCUGAGCAAGUUUAACGUGCAGCUGACCCAAAAUGCAAGACUGCGAGAAGACAUUGAGAGCCUGAGAGUGGAGCGUGAGCACUUUGAAAAUAUCUACAGGAAAUUGCUAAAGGAGCUGCAAGACACUCACCACGAGAUGGACAUCGUCAUGGACACGUCUACGGCAGCUUAUGACUCCAGGGAUGAGGCACGCACUAAAGUGGCGCUGCUGAGGGAGAAGGCCGACAAGGACGGCGCCCAGUACGCCACCGAGAUGAAGGAGCUGCAGCGCCUGCUCGACCAUGAGCAGCGACUCCGCGAUUUCAUGGGAGUCAAGGGGCAAGAGAGAGUCAGCUUGGAGACUGGAGCGCUGUACAGAAAAGACGAGGUUGAGAAAAGGCAGCGGGAGCUCGUGCAGGAGAGUGUGGAGUCGUACGAAGCCGCCUUCCAACAGAUCCAUGCCAUCACACACGAGGACGACCUUGACACGCUCGUGGGAGCCUUCAUUGAGGUGGAGGAUCGUAACUUUGCACUCUUCAACUAUGUGAACGAACAGAACAAUGAAAUAGAAUAUCUACAGGAUCAGAUUGCAGAGAUCGUGAGAGCAAUGCAGGAGUUUGAGCAGCAGGAGGCAUCGCUGGAGCAGGCCCGGCAGGUGCAGCUCCGCGAUCUGGAGACGAGGCAGAGCAAAGCAGCGGUGCUCACGGAUAGUCACACGUCUCAUAACGCGCUCGCCACCCGGGCCCUACAGCGCUUGAAGGACGGGGUGGAACUGCUCUUCACGAAUCUGCAGUGCGAUCGAUCGGAGAUCGAGGAGCUGCUGUCUGGAGCAGGCGGGAUCCAAGACUCCACUGUGAUGCAUUACCUUGGCAACAUUGAGCACAAAGCGAACCACCUGCUGACUGUGCAGUCCUACCUCUCUCUUAAGGAUGACGAGAAGCCGUUUGAGUCUCCAGAUGGAGCACGGAUACUUCUGGGACAGUCUCCGCUGGAAACGGUGCCUGACCUCGCAGUGCAACUGCCUUCCCCUGGGUGUUGCGCAGGGAGGAGAGGGCUGGUGGGGGGAGGCCGCAGCUGGAGCAGGACGGUCCUCACGACACAAGGGCUCCAAUGUCUGAGCGGAGGGAGCGUCAUUAAGAACCUUGGCCCGGCAGAGUGGGAAAGGGCUCCAGUCCCAGGUUCCUCUGGCCGAGCUGAUACACCCAACUCCGCUGUUAUUUUUUUUAGAGGUCUUUUCUCGAUGGCGCUGUUGAAAUGUUCAGUUUGGUCAGUUAAUAAUCGUGUGAUGGUGCAUCGGUCUCAUAAUUGGAAUCGAUCCUUAUGCUCCAGGUGCAAGCAUUGACUCAUGCAUGUGAGAGUUUAUUAUUUACAUUUAUAUUAUAAUGUGCAGCCUUUCGUGAAUACACUGUUGGAUGAAGCUUCCCCGUGACUUUCAGUUGUGGGGAUUGUUUGGCCAUACGACAACAAUGCUGCUUGGUGAAGGUAGGUAAAGGGAAGAGGACUUGGGCCAGUUCAGAUUGCAUUUACCACUGAUGUUUGUCCUGGCUGAGAAUUGAACACAGGUUACCAGGUUUAUCGUGCAGUGCACUAACCACUGCUCCGUCACUUCACCCUGCGUUGUAUGUAAUUGGGAUAUGUGACCUCUGCAGCCACGAGAGGCCUACAAUGUGCCCUGGGGAUAUAAAUUAGAUUCAUGCUGCAUUAGCUCAAAUUGGCAGAUCACGGUGAUUAAAUGAUUGUUUUGUGCCUUGCUGUGAUAAUUGAUUAUGCAGUGUUUUUGCAAAUAUCUUUAAUCCAAUAAAUCUUAUAGAAAUAAAUAAUCAGAGAUAA